UUUAUCGCACGGAUAGGGUGUGUGCGUGUGCGUAUGUGUAACAUCGCGAGUUAAACGUUGUGUAACGUUCGAGAGAAUAAUAGUAUAAAUGCAAAGAUGGCGAUGGCAACCAAUUUUGUUACUCUGGGUGAACUCUGGUCCAGCCACGUUGAAAUGGAGGAAGAAGAUGAAGCGAUAUUUUCCAGAAUCAAGGUCUUAAUAGAGAACCAUCUGCCAGACGGCUGGAGAGACUGAAAGGUGAUUGACUGGAAGAAAGAAGAUCUAUUUGGGAAAAAGAUAGACCACAAAGUAUUGAAC